UUCUUACGUCACUUCCGGAUUUAAUCGGACAGUAGUAGAAAAAAAAUCUGGUAGCCAUAAAUUUCAGCUUGCUAGCCACCAACAGCUGUCAGUACAGUUGAGGAAAACCAUCCAUGUCAAGACACAAAGAAGAUUUUCGAAGUCUUGUGCUGCUUCUGUGUACAUAUAGGGGCACACCAGCCUGUCUGCCAACAUACUGUGAAUCGAUCCAACUGGCUCAGUGACUAGACCAGAGGACCUUGGCACCAUUGUGUGCCAGUUCAUUUGAGGACCCAAGGACUUCAGAAUCCAGAAGAUGAACGGUCUGUCCAUACGAGAGCUAUGCUGCCUGUUCUGCUGCCCCCCUUGCCCUAGCCGCAUUGCAGCCAAACUGGCUUUCCUCCCUCCAGAGCCCACCUAUGCCCUUCUCCCUGACCCAGAUCCAGGUUCUGGAGCUGGAGCUGCAUCUGGGUCCGGCUCAGGGGCUGCCCUGCCUUCUCUUGGAGCUCCAGGACUGCGUUCCCGGCUGGGUGCUGGUAGUGGAGGUGACAGAGGAGGCGGAGGCGGAGGUGGUGGUGGUGGUGGAGGCGGCGGUGGCGGCGGUGGUGGAGGAGGAGGUGGCGGCGGCGGCGGCGGCAGCAGUGGCAGCAGCAGUGUAAGCGAGGGCAGGUGGAAGCUGCAUCUCACAGAGAGAGCAGAGUUCCAGUAUUCGCAGAGAGAGCUGGAUGUGACUGAUGUUUUCCUGACAAGGUCUAACCGAGGGAACAGGGUUGGAUGCAUGUACAUUCGCUGUGCCCCCAAUGCCAGGUUCACAGUGUUGUUUUCCCAUGGUAAUGCAGUAGACCUGGGCCAGAUGAGCAGCUUCUACAUCGGCUUAGGGACACGCAUCAACUGCAACAUCUUCUCUUACGAUUACUCAGGCUACGGUGUUAGCACUGGCAAGCCGUCUGAGAAGAACCUUUACGCUGACAUUGAUGCUGCUUGGCAUGCCUUGCGCUCUCGGUACGGCAUCAGCCCCGAGAAUAUCAUCCUUUACGGACAGAGCAUCGGCACAGUCCCCACAGUGGACUUGGCAUCACGGUUUGAGUGCGCUGCUGUGGUCCUGCACUCUCCUCUCACUUCUGGCAUGAGAGUGGCUUUCCCGGACACCAAGAAAACAUACUGCUUUGAUGCCUUCCCUAACAUAGAGAAGGUGUCAAAGAUCCCGUCUCCGGUGCUGAUCAUCCACGGUACAGAGGACGAGGUGAUCGACUUCUCUCAUGGCCUCGCCCUGUUCGAACGCUGUCCCAAGGCUGUGGAGCCCCUCUGGGUGGAGGGAGCUGGUCACAACGAUAUUGAGCUUUACAGUCAGUACCUGGAGAGGCUACGGCGCUUCAUCAACCAGGACCUGGCUGCACAGCAUGCCUGAGAAACAAACAACGGCCUCUCUGUGUUUGUACAAAUGAGAUCGCGUGUGUGCAUGUGUGUGUGUGAGAAAGAGGGUGUUGGCAUGUUUGUGAAGUGUGAGUGAGAACUAGACCUAAAAAGGUCACAUGUCACAUCUGUGUGUCUUUGGAACAGCACACCUUUUACGUUACUUUUCAAAUAAUGUCCUGUUUUAAAGCUGAGAACAGUUUUUAAUAUAUCAUUAUCUAUAUCCAUCUGUACGGUGGAGUGUGGUGAAACGCUACAACCAAGAACCGACAUGAAACGACUUCACUGAUGCGGUUUGUGUGUACGUGUGUAUUAAAAAGUAACAAGAAUGUGCUUUGUGUAAAAAAAAAAAACAAACAAA